AAAGUUUUAAGGAAUAUAUCAAAGGGAGAUUACUCUAAGAAGUUUAUGAUUAACUAGAUCCAAUAACAGAAAAAAAGCAUCCGUGAGCAAAUGGCCUCUUAUGCCAGUUUCCGCUUACUUAUUUGGUAGCGCUGCCUCUAAAGAAGAAGCAAACUUUUGUUCUUAAAAUGGAGAGACUCCAAAGAUAAUGGGAAAAUAAGGAUUUACAUAACUUCAACUGCCAAAAUGGGGGAAAAGAAGAGAGAUUUUAUGAUGAAGAGGGCCAUGAACAAGGGCACCUUCAUCAACGCCUCAAACUACAAGAGUCGCUGGUUUGUGUUAGAUGACAGCUUGUUGACAUAUUAUGAUGGAACAUUAGAUAAGCAAGGAAAGCAAAAAGGUUGCAUAGAAUUAAGGAAAGUAAAGGCAGUAGAGACCGUGGAAGACUGUGUGCUGGACAAGAAAACAAAUGUUUUUCAGGUUGUACAUGGUGCCCAGAAGAAUAAUGACAUUUUAACACUGUACAUCGUGGCACAGAGUGACAAUCAAAGACAGGACUGGGUCCAACAGCUCAGGAAAGCUGCUGAGAAAUCUGAUGCCCAGUUUAUGCCUAAGUAUCACAAAGGUGUAUGGAUUAAUGGAAACUACACUUGCUGUAACCAGAUUUCCAAAAAUGCCAUCGGCUGUGAAAUUACUACAACAGAAAGAGGUAGAGUGCAAUCAUCCCCCCCUCUUGUUAUCCCCGCCCCUGUCAUUCCAGAGCCUUCACAGAAGAAGAUAUAUGUAGCCGUGUACAAUUUUACCCCCACGGAAGAGGAGGAUCUAGAGCUUAUUCAGGGAGAAGAAUAUGAAAUAUUAGAUGAUUCACGAGAACACUGGUGGCGAGCAAAAAGUAAAACAGGGAAAUCUGGUUAUAUUCCAUCUAAUUAUGUCAAAAAGAAAUUUGAUUUAGAAAUGUUUGAUUGGUACUAUAAGAGUUUCACACGAGAACGCAGUGAGGCCGUUCUCCGAGAGGAACAAAGAGAAGGUUGUUUUCUGGUGCGGGAAUCAAGUGCACCUGGCAUGUUCACUUUGUCACUUUUCACCUCAGAAAAUGAUGGACAAGUUCGUCAUUAUCACAUUAAGAAGAAUGAUAAAGGGUUCUAUUAUAUAGCAGAGAAAUAUGCAUUUCCUUCGAUCUCUGAACUGGUGCACUACCAUAAGCACAAUUCUGCAGGACUAGCGACCCGGUUAAAAUCCCCACCUACACGCAACGGGACAGCAGCCCCAGCUACGGCGGGCUUCAGCUCCAGCAAGUUUGAGAUUGACCCAUCAGAGAUUACCAUUGGAGAGCAGCUUGGAGCUGGCUGUUUUGGAACUGUUCAUGAAGGGAAAUGGCGUGGCAAGCGUGUUGCUGUGAAGAUGAUGAAAGAAUCUGCCAUGUCCGAUGACGGCUUCAUUGAAGAAGCUAAAACCAUGACGCAAUUAAACCAUAACAAUUUAGUGCAGCUAUAUGGAAUUGUAACCAAAAAGCGCCCCUUAAUUAUUGUUACAGAACUUAUGCAAUAUGGAUCAUUGCUGUCCUACUUAAGGAGACACAAGGCACGACUGGCAAACAAGACAGCGACAUUACUGGAUAUGUGUUCACAAGUCUGCAAUGGAAUGGCCUAUUUAGAGAAGAGGAAGUUUAUACACCGUGAUCUGGCUGCCAGGAACUGCCUGGUAGGACAAAGCACUGUUGUCAAAGUGGCUGACUUUGGACUCGCAAGAUAUGUGAUAGAUGACGAGUAUACUAGUUCAACAGGGACUAAAUUCCCAGUCAAGUGGGCACCUCCAGAAGUACUGAGUUUUACCCGCUUCAGCAGCAAGUCUGACGUGUGGGCGUAUGGUAUCCUGAUGUGGGAGAUAUUUACUGGUGGAGUAAUGCCGUACGACAAAAUGAAGAACGUGGAAGUCGUGGACUAUGUUUGUCAUUCUAGACAGCGUCUGGAAAAGCCAUCAAACUGUCCUGAGAAGAUAUACAAAGUUAUGCUUCAAUGCUGGCUCCAUGAGCCAGACAAAAGACCAUCUUUUAGUGACCUGCUGCAACUUUUGGGUGGAUUAUUGGAGCAAGGUAAUUAUCCCUUCAUAAGUACCACAUGAUUGCUUGGUGAACUUGAACACUCAUGGCAUUGCUAUCAGUAAGUUGCUGAACACAGCUCUCGGAGGAACCUCAGUGAUGAACUAAUCUUCUGCCAAAGCUAUGUGUCAAUUCCUAUUUCUUUUGAAUUUGACCAAAGGUCACAAACGAGCACUUGCAUGAAACCAAACAUCGAGAAAGGAUAUUGAAAUACUUGUACGUUAUUGGAUUUUGCAUUUGAUUAUAAUACUGAAAGAAGAAGACUUCAUGUGUCUUUAAUUUAGCUUUAUAUGUUGGUGGUUAUUAGUGUACUAAUAGUAAAUUAUAACAAACUUAAGUGAUAUAUAAUAAUAGACUUGAGUGAUACAUCUAAAUAGGAAGCGCUUGUUGACGACUACUCUGCUUGACUGAUUCUUCAUUUUGAAUGCACACAUCCCCCACCCCUUCAUAUUCUAACAUUAUUCUUUAAAA